CUUAAUUCUCGCCGUCUGUCACAGUGGAGGUUAUUAGUGAGGUUACGGAAUCUUAUCACUUAACCAUAGCGCGAUAAGAUCCAUACUCGUCCUACAAAGACGCACCACCAAAGAAAUUCCCUCCACUCCCCGGCCCGGUCUUCGCUCGGAGGUCGCCAUCUUCCCUUCCGUUGACUACCUCAGCUUAGCUUUCUCUCUUUCUUGUCAACUUGCGACAACUCUCCGCUCAACCUCUUCUUUUGUUCUUCUGGUCUUCCUUCAUCUUUAUUCGGUCGCCUGUACAGUCGUCACAAUGUCCAACCCUAACGACAAGCCCCUCCCCUUCAUCUACCAGUUCGCCGCAGGCGCCAUUGCCGGCGUCUCGGAGAUUCUGGUGAUGUACCCUCUUGACGUUGUCAAGACCCGAGUCCAAUUGCAAACUGGUUCCGGUGCUACCGCUGAGUACAAUGGCAUGCUUGACUGUUUCCGCAAGAUCAUCAAGCAGGAGGGUUUCUCACGACUCUACCGCGGUAUUUCCGCUCCCAUCCUCAUGGAGGCUCCCAAGCGUGCUACCAAGUUCGCUGCCAACGAUGAAUGGGGCAAGGUUUACCGAAAGAUGUUUGGCGUCGAUAAGAUGAACCAGCAGCUCUCCAUCCUCACCGGUGCCUCUGCUGGUGCUACCGAGGCUUUCGUCGUCGUUCCCUUCGAGCUCGUCAAGAUUCGUCUUCAGGACAAGGCUUCCGCUGGAAAGUACAACGGCAUGGUCGAUUGUGUCGUCAAGACUGUCAAGAACGAGGGUCCUCUUACUCUUUACCAGGGUCUUGAGAGUACUAUGUGGCGUCACAUCCUCUGGAACGCUGGUUACUUCGGCUGCAUUUUCCAAGUCCGACAACUUCUCCCCAAGGCUGAGACCAAGAGGGCUCAGAUCACCAAUGAUCUCAUCUCUGGUGCCAUUGGUGGCACCAUCGGAACUGUUCUCAACACUCCCCUGGACGUUGUCAAGAGUCGAAUUCAGAACACCCCCAAGGUCCCCGGUCAGGUUCCCAAGUACAACUGGGCCUUCCCUGCCGUAGGAACCGUUUUCAAGGAGGAGGGUUUCGGUGCUCUCUACAAGGGUUUCUUGCCCAAGGUUCUCCGUUUGGGUCCCGGAGGCGGUAUCCUCCUGGUCGUGUUCACAACUGUUAUGGAUACCUUCCGCAGCUGGCACUACCCUGCCACUGCGGAGCUCAAGAACUAAGUCAUGCAAUGAGCAUGGGGUUAAAAGAGCACUAAAAAGAGAUACCAGGCCACAUUAUGCAGCGAUUAGAUAAGUUGCGGACGACAUGCAUCAAUUCAAGUUGUAAUAUUCGCACCCUUACCCUGUAGAAGUUGGUCGCACAUGGUUAUAUAGACAUUGCAAGCCGUGUUUUGGGGCAAUUUGGGGGUAUUUAUUAGCAAUUAUCUGUG